AUGUCUGGCGUUUCCCAAUAUGCAUCACGGGGCGGCGAUGUGACGUCACACCUGUCAUUAAUUUAUUCAAUAAUUGUUGGAACUUUUUCAGUUGUUUUAUUUAUUUAUGGAUUUUUUCCUAUUAUACAUUAUGAUAAUACUAUAGCAUCGAUAAAUAAUAUACCACAAUUUAUAGAUAAUGAAAAGAUAGAAACAAAUACUUUAUAUAAACCUUUGGUGAAUAAAUUAAUCAUCAUGGUAAUUGAUGCAUUCCGUUGGGAUUUUGUAUCCGAUUCAAUUGGAAAAUCUGCUAUGCCGAUAACAAAUAAACUCAUUGAGAAUUCGUUAGCAUGUUUAUUGCAAGCAAAAGUAGAACCGCCAACAGUGACAAUGCCUAGAAUAAAAGCAAUGACAACAGGCAGAGUACCAACUUUUGUCGACAUGGUUUUAAACUUUGGAAGCCAACCUAUUUUAAGUGACAAUAUUUUACUCCAAGCAAAGACUUAUGGACAUGAUAUAAUAUUUUAUGGAGAUGAUACUUGGCUGAAAUUAUUCCCUACUAUGUUUAAACGUUCCGAUGGUACCACGUCAUUUUUUGUUUCUGAUUUUACAGAGGUGGAUAAUAAUGUUACACGACACAUAGAUAAUGAACUCCAUAAUAAUGAUUGGUCAAUAAUGAUACUCCAUUAUUUAGGAUUAGAUCAUAUUGGUCACGUAAAUGGACCAUUUAGUCCUUUGAUCAAACCUAAGCUUACUGAAAUGGAUAAUAUUAUAGGGCAAAUAUAUUCUAAAAUGUUGUAUUGGAAUGAGAUUGGUAAUUCAACUUUAUUUAUAAUUUGUGGAGAUCAUGGUAUGAAAGAUUCUGGUGGUCAUGGAGGUGCAACUUUUCAAGAAACAACGGUUCCUAUUAUUGCGAUUGGAGCUAAUUGUUCUAAAUCAUAUAGUCAACCAAAAAAAAUAGCUCAAUUAGAUAUGGCAGCAACGUUAUCUGUUAUGUUGGGUUUACCAAUACCAUAUUCCAAUUUUGGAAGCAUUGCAUUAGAGUUAUUAGAUAAUUUACCUAUCUCUAGAAAAUUAUUUGCACUUUAUUAUAAUGCUAAACAAGUUCAUACUCAAUUCAAAAAAUUGACUGACUACAACUUUCAAUAUGCUCAUCAUAAAUAUAUGGAUGCAAUUAAACUUCAUCUCAAUUGGAUGAAAUCACCUAAUAACCCGUAUGAAACAGAAUAUCAUAUUAUAGCUGCAUAUCGUUCAGCACUUAAUGAAAUGAAAGAAAUAUUGGUCAAAAACAUGUUAAAAAAUGAUACAUAUUUAAUGAUUACGGCCAUGUUUUUUUUGUGUCAUGUCUUAUGGAUAUUAUUACACGAACAAUAUUAUUCAUCAGCAAUUUUUCAAAAAGUGUUGAAAUUAUUUGCGAUACAUUUAUUUUUACUGAUAAUAUUAAUUUCUUUCUGUAGUAUUGAAACUCUAAGUUUAGCUCUUUUUGAUAAUAGAACAAAUUUCAAAUAUCAUAAUGUUAUAUUGACAAAGUUAAAAAACUAUAAUACAUUCGAAUGGAUUUUUAUCUCUGGAACAUUAAUACAUUCUACAAGUCUAAUUAGCAGUAGUUUUGUGGAAGAAGAACAUCAAACUUGGUAUUUCUUUUGGGUUUCCUUCCUCACGUUGUUGCUUUAUAAAAAUAGCAAAAUAUUUACAAUGGAACUUUUAAAGAUACGCAUAGAUAGUACACAAUAUCUGAUCUCUAUUGAAAUAUUAUUAUUACUCAUAGGGCACAGAAUCUGUCGAAUGUUAAACAGUACGGGUAAUAAAUAUAAUCAUCUUCCCGAUAUCGCAGGAUAUUUAUUAAAAGAAGAAUCUAAAAUCAGUAUAACGAUCUUGGUUAUUAUAGCUCUCACACUUUUAAUAUGUAUUAAUUUUGUAACUGAAAAAUCAAUUUAUAGAUGGUACAGUUUAUUUUUGAAUAUAGGAUUGUCCUUAUGCAUUUAUCUUCGUCACAUCAACAAUCAAACUAUCCUACCUAUAUCACUAUACUCACCAUCUAAAGAUGGAAAAGAAGUAUUGAUAUUUUGGAACUUAUUUAUAAUAUUCUGUAUAUACUCUAUGUACAGAUUAUUUUUAAUAACAAAACGCAACAAAAAUAAUUUCUUAAAUUAUGCCAUACUUUUUUUUGUACAAGCAUGGAUUAUGGUAUCGGCAUUGUUACACCAACCGUACAAUUUAAUAUUACUUCCAUUACAAUUACUAGUUACUUCUAUAAUUAAUUCGAUAUUAAAAUAUAAUAAUAUGGAAAAAAUGAAUAUAUUUGUAAAUGCCUGGAUUGGAAAUGUGUUUUACUUUUAUCAGGGAAAUUCUAAUAGUCUUGCUGAUAUCGAUAUUUCAGCUGGUUAUGUUGGUUUGCAAUCAUACAGACCUUUUAUUAUUGGAAUGUUUUUAAUAGUAAAUACAUAUUCUGCACCAGUUUUAGCUUAUUUCUUAAACAUGUAUCACAGAACAUUAUCGUAUAAAUCGGCUCAAAUUUUACAUUAUAUACUAUUAUUCGACAACAGAAUUUAUAUGAUAUGGAAGUUAAUACCAGUUAUUAUUUAUACGUUUGUAAUGACAAUACAUAAACAUCAUUUAUUUAUAUGGAGUGUAUUCGCACCUAAAUUAUUGUACGAGUCAAUGUAUUUAGGUGUUAUGAGUUGUACUGUAUUGUUUUUACAAACAAUUAUUUUAAUACAGCAUAUAAUAAAUAAGUACAUGAAAUAAAUUUAUAUCGUGUAAUACAAU